ACCAUAGACUUUGCGUAAUACACACCAGUACAGUAUACCCAGUCUGUAUAUAUUACGUGUGAUUACAGAGCUAGCUUGAGCACAAUCCAAUCUGGCUCCCAUAUUCUAGACGUUCCGUGUCCUUAGGUCACCCCAGAUCGUUGUCCUGAAAUACAUUACGCAAUCACUCUGGUAUGCCCAAUCAUACACCUCCUUACAAACCAUCGCCAGACGCGACUGUUUAGUACGAUGUUGACGAUUGGCUAUACGUCAAGCUCAAGGCCCCCACAACGUAGUCCUUGUAUACAGCCUAGUUCACGUUCAGGUCAUCGAAUAGGAAAAAGACUCGUUGUUCGCUCGACGGUGUCAAGGGCUAAACAGCUCGCAUGCUCUCUACCAGACAUUCUUCACUACAAAGUGUGUCAAACAGGGAGUACACACCGCUAUCGUUUUAUGUGAUCAUCAGGAAAUUAUAUUAGGAAUUAUCGGAUUUUCUGCGGAUUAUUUUCUGCCAUAUACACAUUUCAAAGGGAUUCCCGCGACUUUGUUGCUUUGGCGGGCUGGGAGACUUCUUCAGUGCGAGGGAUAUUAAACACAAGGACACCACUGGUUGAGAGGAAAGUUCAGCCUGUAGGGAGACAGGCAGAAACCAUACGGUCAUUUACAUACCCUCGGCCACCACACGGGUCAACAUACCAGCAUGCCGUCAAGGAGGAAAUGUGCUCAUACGACCAAAAUUGAACGGGUUCCUAGCUAUGCCGUCUACCAUGGCGAGGAAGACCUGGAUGAUCGCCUUAGUAAUGACGGUACACUCGACCUCAGCAUCAAGAAAAUCAAAAGGGAGCCUUCCGAUGACAAUAUUGAGUUGUCUGGAGAAGGGAUGUACCUCGGAGAUGAGAACGAUGUGGGGAAUAUUGAUGCGGGAAUUUCUGAAAAAGUAAGUGGAGGAAGUGGGGAAGAAUUGUCAGAGGAUAUUGCGCCCCCUAGUGACCAGUGCGAGGCAAAUGGGAAAACGGGAGCAGACGACGCAGAUGCGAACAAGCCAGGAAGUCAUUCAAGCAAACAAACCCCGGCCAGCGAAGGCAAUGGUGAGGAGCAGAUUGUCAUAAACUGCAACGGACAGCCACUGAGCCCAGUCACAGGUCUACCACUCUUUCCUCAGUCUAAAGGAAAAUCAACCCGACCAUUUAAACUUUACACUUCAAAUCGUGAUCUUCUUUCUGGUAUAACAACUCAAGGAGCCUCUUCUCUUGCAACGUACUCCGUACCCGUGGCUCUGACACCAGCUGUACCGGGAGCAGUCCCCAUUACUUUCGCUUCCCUUCCCCUAGUAUCAGGCGUACCAAUGAUCCCAACUACUACGUCUCCUUCAACCACUACCUCCGCUUCAUCGUCCAAUGCUUCGACGGGCGCUGGUUCGAUAUCAUCCUCCACCUCGUCUACCUCCUCUACUACCACUACUGUGGGUGCAAAGACUACCUCGUCGACUACUGAUGCUCACCUGAUGACGCUAGCAACAGAAGCAGACAAGAUCCUACGGGAGAGGCAUGCCUCGGAGGAAUCAUCCAUCGGUGCUACCUCGGACAUGGAGGCGACUACCGGCGAUACUUACAGCAGCAGCGGAGGGGAAGAAACCGCUUUACUUGCAGGGGAAGUUCUCAAAAUUCCCUCAUUGGCUGGUAAGUCAGGUAACAUGAACUCACUAACUUUCAUCCAGAAGCGAGCCGUUGAAGCCGCCCAGUCUGUCACGAACCCACCGAAAAACAAGAAAAAGCGAUUAGCUCUCCCAGAGACGUUGAAAGACAUUGCAUACUGGGAGAGAAGGAGGAAGAACAACGAAGCUGCAAAACGAUCCCGGGAUGCUCGCCGGGCCAAGGAGGAUCAAAUCGCCAUCAGGGCUGCCCUACUGGAACAAGAAAAUAUGCGCCUCAAAAUCGAAGUGUCAGCACUCAAAGAAGAAACGGUUAAACUACGAUCUAUGCUCUACGCAAACAACAACAGUCAUGAUGACAGUUGAACAAAUGUUAUGAUUUUGUUACGCUUAUUCGCUGCAUAUUUACUGUUUUCCCCUUUUGUAAAUGAACUUUGCCGACCUCCAGCUCUCAGAUUAGUAUGAAAUCCAAAUUUCACAAUGAACGCUCCAAGUUCUUUAUCGGGACAUUUCAUGAUAUUAAUGCUGCAUCCUUUUAUCUUUAUAAAAUCAACCAGCUCUAAGUCUAAACAGUUAUUGCUACAUCUACACAUUCUUGGAAUUCGACGCAUUUUUUCAAAGGGAUGCGUGUUUUAUCGCCAUAGGUACUCCCAAGUCCCCAACCAAAGUGCAAACUUUUGAAUGUGAGUUGCGCCAUACAUUUUGAUAGCAACGAUGAAAACGAAGCCACGCUGUGUUUUUUGUAUUUUGUAAAAUGUAAAUAUUACAAAUCAUUGCCUUAACUUGCUAUCUUGUAUCGUAGUACGUCGACGAGGACUAGUCAGACUCUUGUAGAUUACUAGAUAGAGUGUACGUACUGAGCUGAGUGAGCUACAUUAUGUUAUAUUGCUGCAAACAUUGCUAACAUGCAACGUUUUUAUCAUGUGUAUGAAUUUGUUGAAUUAGUCAUUAUACGACUGAGCUCCUUUUUGUUUUUCAUGUGGUAUAGUGACGUCAUUGUGUAUAUUGUGAAUAAGGCCAUUUCUCAUCUUGAUUCCAUGAUGUUCUCCAAGAACCUCUUCAUAUCUGUACUUGUUAAUCUGUAAAUAUUUUAUUUUAGUAUACGCAUUUUUUCUUAAAGUUCAUGUAACCAUACACAUAACUCAAUUAAUGUUCAUUUCUCUUGGCUUCCAUGUCCGCCUUACUAGUACCACAGUCAUAUUAUUUAUUUCAGUCAUUCAUGCAUUUCACUCUUAUUUAUUGGGAAUAAGCAUUCCAUAAAUGCUUUCCAGAUGAAUUAUGUUGCAUCGAUGAAAUGACUGUCUCAGAGAUAAUAAUUAUAUUUCAAGGAUGAAAAAGUAACUCCCAUGAUUUAACCAUCUAUGUACUUUGAAAUGUCAGUUUUUAAAACAAUUAACUGCAAAAAGAGUUUUUAUCUUGGAAAUAUUCAGUUGUUAACAAAACCGUAUUAUAGUUACAAUUAAUGGUUCCGGUAAAUUAAGAUAAAUAGAAUGUAUUCCUUUAUUCGAAUUAUGAGAGAGAGAGAGCAGUGUUUCUAUGAUACAUGAAUCUAUUUUUAAAAAACUGUUCAGCAUUUACUGCUCUGAAGUAUCGUAUUUUACAACAUUUUUUCUCAAUUUUUACAAUUAUGAUAGGUAAAAUGAAAAAAAUACUUAGAUAUGGUGUUUUAUACAGUUCGUGGAAACAAAUAAUGAAUACAUGAUAUUUAGAUGAAGGUUAAGUACUUCUGUGAACUGAACUAAUCAUAAUUCUUUUUAAAAUCCUACGAUAUUUGUUGCUGAUGUACUAGUUCCUAAACGGGUUUUAUUAAUUAUCUUGCACAAGGUUUACGGAUAUUGCCAUUUAAAUUUUCUGCUAAUAUUAUCCACGAUAAAGUAGGAAUGAUGGAAUUCUCUAUGGAUACUUAUCUUUCAUUGUUGGGAGGUAAGUCGUAAAAUAACUAAAUACAUGUUGCUUUACUAGCGUAACUUAUCAUUUAUUUUAUGGAAAAUAGCUUUCUGAGUUCGCUUAUGUUCGCUCAUUUGCUUCGUUCAUUGUAAAUCCUUUAUUUUCAUAAAUUAUGGCGCCAAACAACAUUUUGUAGAUUAAAAUGAAUUCUUGUUGAAAUUUGA